CGGCACGGGCCCCGCCGCCAUCUCGCGAUAGGGGCCCGGCAGCGGGAUGGGGCCGGGCGGCGGUGGCCGCCUAGGGCUGGCCCUGGGGCCGCGCUGCCUCUGGGCCGCGGCGCUGGGGUGGGCGCCGCCGAGGCUGGCGGCCGGGGCUCGGUACGGGCUGUGGGCGGCCACGCGGCGGGGCGCGGCGGCCCCUCGGGGAGCCCGCGGGCUGCGGGGCUCCAACCCCUUCACCCGCGGGCAGGAGGAGGAAUGGCGGCGGCGGAACCGGACGGCGCUCACCUACAUCGCCGCCGCCGCCGUGGGCAUGGUGGGGAUGUCGUACGCGGCCGUGCCGCUCUACCGCCUCUACUGCCAGGCGACCGGGCUGGGGGGAACGACGGGAGCGGGGCGCGGCGCGGCGCGGAUCGAGGAGAUGGAGGCGGUGAAGGAGCGGGUCGUCAAGGUCACGUUCAACGCCGACGUGCACUCCAGCCUCCAGUGGAACUUCAGGCCGCAGCAGAGCGAAAUCUACGUGGUACCAGGAGAGACUGCACUGGCCUUUUAUAAAGCGAAAAAUCCUACUGACAAACCAAUAAUUGGAAUCUCUACUUAUAAUGUAGUGCCCUUUGAAGCAGGACAGUACUUCAAUAAAAUACAAUGCUUUUGUUUUGAAGAACAGCGUCUGAAUCCUCAAGAGGAAGUAGACAUGCCUGUCUUUUUCUACAUUGAUCCAGAAUUUGCAGAGGACCCUAAAAUGGCAAAAGUUGAUUUGAUCACCCUCUCCUACACAUUUUUUGAAGCAAAAGAAGGACAGCACUUACCACUUCCUGGAUAUCAGUAACGGGCAAUCUCUACAUAAUUUGACUUCUACUGCCUGACUACCAGUUUUGAAACUAUUUUUCCAUUACAGGAAAAACUGCUGGAGUACUGUGCAAUAUGAAAUGAUAUUAUUAAACAACUGUGGAUAUAUGCUGGUGUUAUGAAAACAUGUAUUUUUAUUUUAUGUUUUUAAACUUGUGCAGUUGGAAUGUUACUUUUUAGGAAUAAGUAGGAAUAUUACUUCUCUAUCAGAGAGCAGAAGGGAACUCCAUUCAUGGAAUAGAGAGGGUUGUCUCAAAGCUGUCUUUCUAUUGGAUGAUACAUGUUAGAUUAAUUCUAUGAGGAAAAAAUUUAAACUUAAGUGUAAACUAAGAUCUUUAAAUACAGAAAAACAAAUCAGCUUAUUAAAUAUCUAAAAUUGUACUGCUGACUGAAAAAUAACUAGCUUGUAUUCAGUGAAAGAUAUUUACUUUUUUAUAGAGCAACUUAAUCAGUUCACGAAAUCUCAAAACUAAACCAAGUUAGACUAUUGCUUUGUAACCCUCCCAUAGCACAGGAGGAUAGGAUGAUUCAGAAGAUGAUGCUCUCUUGAAUUAUUACUGAAUCAGUAGUUCAUUUGGUAAGAGCAGACUGCUCUAAAACUGUUGAUGUUUGAAUGGGGAACAGUAAUUUAAAUGUAAGCAUUUCAAAUCUGGGGACUGCUUGCAGAAGCAUGUGAUUUGAAAGGCAAAUAAUCUUAUUGUUGUCUUUGCAUACGUCCUGCAUGGUUUCUAUGCAGAAACUUCAUUUAGAGUAUCAGAACUGUUAAUGAUUCUACUGUCACUCCUGAGAAGGCUGUACACUGGGCACACCUACGCAGAGAGAAGCUAGAAAUGCUUUGAAGGGAAAGGCGGUACAUAAUCAACUGCUCUGAAUUGCAGGCUAAAUUAAUAGCAGAGGUGUCUCCUCAGAAAAACAAAAGAAUGUCAACCCCGUUCAGUCUGACAAGGUCUGUCCAGAAACAUACCAGUUGAUCUGAGGUCCACCUAGGUACUACUCAGUGUUUACAACUGGAACAUGUAAGCCUGUAUUUAUAUAGCUUUUUGCCAUUAUCUAUGGGAUAGGCAUAAUAAUAAUUUAUCAUAGUCUUGCAAAUAAGGAGUGAGUUGCAGAGCAGGUUUAAGUGACAUACCCAUUUUCAGACAGGAAUUAAUCUCAACAUAGCAUCUCAUCUAAUAGGCCAGUUCUUUCUACCCUUUUCAGUGGAUGAGAUCUAAUAAGGUUUAGACUAAUGGUUGUUAAGACUCUAAAAAGGUAAUGGAAAUAACUUCAGACUCAAUUAUGUUUGCAUACAAUAAUUUAAAAAAAAAAGUGCCCUUCUCUGAAAAUAAGUGGAAGCUAUGUUUAAAAUGCAUUUUUGUACCAAAUAGCUUUUGUGUUUAAAAAGAUUCUUGAUGACAGUGUCUUAUCUUCACUGUGUAUUUAUUAAAGUUUUAAUACUUUUUCAUUAA